AUGGGCCGAACUUCCAAAUUCUCCUUCCCAAUCCCGGGCCGGAAACGCACCAAGGACAAGGAAACGGAGAACCCACCUGCAAAGUCACCCGCGCCCUCAUCACGAAAUCUCUCCAAGGCACACCGAAUACUGGGCACUGACGAUUUCAGUGUGAACCCGCAGUCUGAUGAGGUCUUGUCGAGGUAUUCCAGUUCCAAGUCGAGCCGCAUGAGCAUUUCCAUCUCGGAAUCAACACAAUCGAUGAACGAGAGUUCAAGCGUUACUGGAUCCUACACUGAUCUCUCGGAACAUGAGUCGGGCGUAUUUCCAAGGAGUCAACGGUUACGAGGGAAGCCGUCGUCGACCUUGCUCGGACAAACAUAUGGUGGUGACGAUGGGACGACCGCCGCAUCAACUGGGGCGAGGCGGUUGCGGAAUGAGGAUUCGUCGUCUACCUUGAAGUCGCACUACGAUCGCCAAAAGUCUCCGUUGUUGAUAUCUCAGCAAACCUCGGCAUCAUCUGCACGAGAUCUUGCGUUAAGGAAAGGCCAAAGCCCGGUGGCUCAGCGAAGCCCACUACUACAAGUCGAGAUGGCUCUCGAUCCGUACAACAACUAUGCUAAGGGCCAGAACACUUCCAACAAACAGCGCGACUAUUACCACGAUAAUUCCCGGGAUAAAGAAUCCCGGAAAAAGCCUGCGAAACUAGAUCUGUCCAUGCUGUUUCCCAAGCCGCACAGGCGUGGCAGUAGCUCAUCGGACGCCAAAUCGGUAAAUAUGUCACCAUCGACCACGCCGGCAAGUACCGGCCGGCGCAAGUUGUCCAAAUCGAGGUCAAAGGAGUCGUUGCAAUCGCAGAAGCACAGCAUCCAUUCUACCAAAUCUCAUGACCCACGGCAACGUCAAACCAACGGGACGCUGGCCAACCUAUACGACCAUUAUGAGCAAAUGCCAGCUCGUUCCCCGCGGAUGGACCGCAUUCCCGAAUCGGAUGCCAUCCAUGAAACUAGUAAUGCUACACCUGGUUCAUAUGGGAAUCAUCUGAGCCCAACAGUUGAAAAGGAGCAAUUUUCGUGGAAGAACGUACGAGCGAGUAUGAUCAUGCACCGAGGGGAAUCUUCGAGUGCUGCUAGCAUUUCCAGCCGGAAUACUAAGACAUCUCGCCACACAAGCGGGAGUGCCAUCUCCAACACUGAUCUCAAGCUAAAAAGUGUGCUCUCUUUGUCGUCUGAUUCUGAAGAUGAUGCUUGGGAAGAGAACCGACAGUCUUCAAGAGAAGUUGAUGGGUCAUCUCACGGGACGAGGAAGAGCCCUCCCCGUUCUUCACAGCCACCGCCGAUGCCAUCACCAAGAAGGCAUGAAUCGAGGAGAGCAACCGGUGCUCCUCAAGGAAGAACUUUCCUCAGCGCUCCAGAAAACCCAUCUUUAUAUAACCCCUUAACACCUCCAACGUCCACCCCCAACGAUGUAUCUUCUCUUCGGUUAUCUUCUAGUCGUCGGCAAGAUUAUCGAUCGCCGUCCGUGAGAGAGAAGAAACCCUCGAGAACAAUGUCCGUCACAUCGGCAAGAUCUUCUCAACAACCAACGCCGCCUCAAUCACCUGCUUCCUCCGAUUUCCACGGCGAGUCGGUCCCUAGUAGUCGGUUUAUGGCUGUGACCAAGCAGGAAGAAGCCCUACUAGAGGCCUUGCGGCAAAAGAGGGCACGCAUGCGGGAAAAGAUAAUCGAGGAGCAUGAGAUCGCUAAAUCUCCACCUCGCAAUUCCCACCAGCAGAGACAUGCUUCAAGACAAUCAGAAGCAUCGUCUGCGGGGACUAUUCGUGGCAUUUCAACGGAACGACAAAAAGUUCUUCUUUAUCUUGAUACUCCGCUCUCCGAUUCUCAGCAUAUUGACAUGUCAGAACCCUCCCCUGACCUAAGCGACUUCUUGACCUUCGGAUCUGAUGAAGAUUCCACGCCGAGGACCAGUUGGGCGCCUCCGCCAAAAGAGCAAGCCAGGCCAGAUUCGGCACUAUCGCCGAGGAUAAGAAGUGUAAAAGCUUCACCAAAAACUCCGCCUUCUGGGGCCAGAUUGAGCGCGGUCGGAGUGGGUGGUUUCAAGGUUGACCGAUCCACUUCAGAACAUCGUCAAGUAGCGGGGAAAAGACGGAAUAUGGGAGUGAGAUUCGUCGAGGACCCAAAACUUGCCAAUUCAGGGGAUUUCUUGUUGGAUGAGGAUGAGGCAGAGGUUGCAUGGGAUAUGUAA